AUGGUGUUUCUCAAAGGGAUUGCAGCUGCGGCCUGCGCCACGUCUGCGCUUGCUGCCGACAUUAUUGUCCAGAACUCUGGAGGCAAUCAAACCGGCGCGUUUGGUCACUCUUACGGCUAUGGCUUCCUUCACGAGGAUAUCAACAACUCCGGUGAUGGUGGCAUCUACGCUGAGUUGAUCCAGAACCGUGCUUUCCAGUACAGCCAGAACUACAGCGUUUCCACGGACCAUUACUUCAGCGUCAAUGGCGCUCAACUUAGCAUUCAAAUGCUAGACGAGCCGCUGUCUGAGCAGUUGCCGGCAUCCAUGCGCGUCUCAGCUGGAAAUGGAAGCUAUGCCACCGGAAAGAUUGGCUUCAAGAAUGAGGGUUACUGGGGUAUGGACGUCCGCCCGCAGACCUACACCGGCUCUUUCUGGGUUAAGGGCGCGUACAGCGGUGUGUUCACUGCAUCGCUGGAAUCGAACUUGACCAGCGAUGUAUUUGCAUCCGUUGAAGUGCCAUCCAAGUCCGUUGCAGACGACUGGACUGAGCACACUUUCGAGCUCGUUCCCGAGAUGGCUGCACCCAACUCCAACAACACUUUCUCCGUCACUUUUGACGGUGCCGCAGCCAGCGCACUCGACUUCAACCUCAUCUCCCUCUUCCCACCAACCUACAAGGGCCGCAAGAAUGGUCUUCGUGUCGACAUUGCUGAGGCUCUCGCCGACAUGAACCCUAAGCUCCUCCGAUUCCCAGGCGGUAACAUGCUUGAGGGUCUCAGGAACGAUUCUUACUGGGACUGGAAGGAUUCGCUUGGUCCUCUGAGAUACCGCCCUGGUUUCCAGGGUGUAUGGGGAUACCAGCAGACUCACGGUCUUGGUCUCAUGGAGUACCUUGAGUGGUCUGAGGACAUGGGUCUCGAGAUCGUUUUGGGUGUUUGGGCUGGUCUUGACUUGGAUGGUGGUGUCACACCCCAAGGAGACCUCGCACCUUUCGUAAAGGACGCUUUGGACGAGAUUGAGUUCGUUUGCGGUCCUACCAACUCUACUUGGGGUGCGCGCCGUGCUGAGCUUGGACACCCUGAGCCCUUCGAGCUCAACUACGUCGAGGUCGGUAAUGAGGACUGGCUCGCUGGCUUCCCUGGUGGCUGGGAGUCUUACCGCGCAUACCGUUUCCCCAUGUUCUACAACGCCAUCAGCAAUGCCUACCCUCACAUCCAGGUCAUUGCUUCAGCCGCAUCUAGCGACCCUGCCGGAGACCCUCCGAUCCACGGACCCAACGAGGACAACGGCCAGAUUCUGCCUCUCGACGCGCUUGGUGACUACCACCCGUACCGCGAGCCUGAUGAGCUUGUUUACGAGUUUAACCGAUUCGACAACGACGCCGGCCACAUUGUCGGUGAGGUUGCCGCUACCCACGUCAACGGCGGUAUCCGCUGGGAGGGUGACUUGUACCCCUACCCAUGGUGGCAGGGUGCCGUCGGUGAAGCCGUCUCUCUGAUCGGAUACGAGCGCAACUCCGACCGCAUUCCCGGUACCUUCUACGCCCCCGUCUUGAAGAACAACAACCGCUUCCAGUGGCCCAUCACUCUCAUCCAGUUCGAUGCCGACCCGAAGCGCACCACCAAGGCCGUUACCUGGUACUGCUGGAGUCUUUUCGCCCACCACCCAAUCUCCCACACUCUUCCCACACACUCCAACACCUCGUACGGACCCCUCUACUGGGGUGCCGGUUACGACGAGAACCGCAACGGCGCCAUGGUCUGGAAGGGUGCUGUCUACAACACCACCGACCACGCUGACGUGCCUGUAAGCGUCCAAUUCCAGGGCGUUGCUCCGGGUACUAUGGCGAACCUCACUUACCUUACCAACUCCGUUGGCGACCCAUACAUGUACAACGAUCCCUUCACUGGCAUCAACAUUGUUAAGACCAACAACAUGAUGCUCACCGCCGGAAGCGAUGGUGUGUUCCGCUUCAACCUGCCCGAACUUAGUGUUGCUGUGUUGGACACCGAGAUCACUGGUGGAAACAGCACUGGCCACUACCGAAGACGGUUGUAG